CGACAAACAACGUUGCUGUUUUCAACUGUGUCCGGUUUGUUUGUUUCUUAUUUUCAUAAUUUAUUUGGUGUAUUUGGCGUUUUAAUUAGAUGCAAAAAAUUGAUUACCCCUUCGGAUAUCUAAGUUAAAAAAUAGAAAAAAAAUGUCAGACGACGAGGAAAUUUAUGUAAAGAAGCAAAAAAUAGUUCACUAUGGCUCAUUGGAGGAGAGUGAACGUGCAAGAAUUGCAGCAGCCGCUGAUGAUGGUUCCGACGACGAUAAAGACGAUUCAACGCCAAAUAAAAAUUCAAACUCGGCAAUGUCAGCAGGAAAUGUGCACAUUUCCACGGAGUACAUGGACCUUGAGGAUGAAAUGUCUAAAGAUCGUCAAGCACUACUCGAGGAAUUUGAACGACGCAAGAAAGCGCGACAAAUUAAUGUUUCAACCGACGACUCGGAGGUGAAGAAAAAUCUCCGACAUUUGGGCGAGCCAAUUUGUUUAUUUGGCGAGGGACCAGCCGAGAGACGUGCAAGAUUGAGAGAACUUCUCGCUAGUCUCGGUGAAGAUGCGAUAAAAAAGAAACACGACGACGAGGAGAAACCCUCUCAACUCGUUGAGAAAGAUACCGAAACUUGGUAUCACGAGGGUCCCGAUUCUCUACAAAUUGCUCGUCAAUGGAUUGCUUCAUAUUCCUUGCCGAGGGCGAAGGCGAGAUUAGAGAACGCAAGGCAGGAAUUGGAACUUCCAGGUGCAACGCGUACAGCUCGACGUCAGGAAUUACUGAAGAAAUUGCAAGCAUUGAGUAUUUAUUGUUCGCAAAUUGGCGACACGAGACCGAUUUCCUAUUGCCAGUUUAGUCCAAAUUCAAAAGUUCUCGCCACGGCGUCAUGGUCGGGAAGUUGUAAUUUGUGGUCUGUACCAGAUUGUAGUCACUUACGAACAUUAAAAGGUCAUAAUUGUAAUGUUGGAUGUAUUGUUUUUCAUCCCAAAGCAACAAUCGAUGACGAUCUUCUUGCCAAUGAAAGUGAACAAAUUUGUAUGCUGGCGAGUUGCGCGUCUGACGGUACUGUUAAAUUAUGGGGAGGCGGAACAGGAGAGAAACCACUGGCAGAGGUCGAGGGUCAUGAACCUUUUCGAGUUUCAAGGAUAGCGUUUCAUCCAUCCGGGAGAUUUCUCGGCACAUGUUGUUACGAUUCUUCAUGGCGACUUUGGGACUUGGAGCAACAAGCCGAAGUCCUACAUCAGGAAGGCCACGCGAAACCGGUGCAUUGCAUCAGUUUUCAAUGUGACGGAAGUGUCGUGGCGACCGGCGGUCAAGAUUCAUUCGGCAGAGUAUGGGAUUUACGAACCGGUAGGUGUAUAAUGUUUAUGGAGGGUCAUUUAAAAUCGAUAUUUGGAAUAGACUUUUCGCCAAAUGGUUUUCACGUUGCCACUGGAAGUGAGGAUAAUACAUGUAAAAUUUGGGAUCUUCGCAAACGAUCCUGCAUUUACACUAUUCCAGCGCACACGAGUUUAUUGUCCGAUGUCAAGUAUCAAAAAGUCGAGGGACAAUAUCUAGUCACAAGUUCAUAUGAUGGCACGGCAAAAAUAUGGUCCAACAAAACUUGGCAGCCAUUGAAAACAUUACCGGGACAUGAUGGGAAAGUUAUGUCUGCGGAUAUAUCGACAGAUAAUCAGUUCAUCGCAACAAGUUCAUUUGAUAGGACUUUCAAAUUAUGGGCACCGGAAAUAGUGUAGAUGGACUUUUUUAUUCGCAAAAAAUACACAAAAAAAGAAGUGUAUUUUCUAGAGGAAAAUUUCACAUUUGAAAAUGAAAAAAUUCACAAUUUUUUUUAACCCCAAAAAACGAAAGAGAGUGAAAUUUCAAGAAUUAAAAAUCGAAUUGUAAAUAGUGGACUAUUUAAAUUGUGGAAAAAAGUGGAUUUUUUCUCCACACAUUUUUGACAACAGUUUGAUUGUUUUGUUAAUUUAACGAAAAAAAAAGAGAAAGAAUGAUACGAUACUGAUUUAUUUAUAACGGAGGUCAUUCAACGGAAAGCUGAUAUAUCGUUUAUUUGCUAAUAAAACUGGGCAGAUUCAGUUGUAAUCUACUUGCGUCAAUCCAUGA